AAUUUGAACGUGACGUCGAGUACUCAACAUCAAACACCCUUUGCGCCUAAAAACGCGCUUAUUUUAAAACGGAAAAAUGGCGAGCUUGAAAAUGCUUGUGAGUUUGUCAACGAUCUUGGUAAUGAGUUUCCAAGCGAGUAGAGCAGUGCCGUUAAGCAAUAUUAAAAGAGAAUUUGCUCACGGUAAGUAAAACUUUUUGACAGUUGAAUAAAUUCAGCUUGUGUCCAAAUUUAUAGCGUCGAUAAUUUCUGUGUUUUGAAAUUCUGUGCAACCGUCGCAACUUCAUUUUUUAUCUCAGUGAGUAAAAUUUUAUGAUUGUUGAAUUCAGCUUGUUUCCAACUUUUAUUGUGAUUAAAGUCUGCUCAUCAAAUUUCUGUGCAACAGUUCCGAUUUUUUUUUUUUUAUCUGUAUCUCAGAUUUCCCGGAAGACUUCAACUCCUUCGCUGACAGUGCAGGCAAGUCACUGUCUUCAUUUGUUCCUUGGCAUCGAAUGUAUCUAUUUAUUGACCGAUUAUUCCUUUAUCAGUGCUAUAUUUUAUUGAAACUCAAAACCCAUAUUCUACCGUUAUCAGUACUAGAGGUGUUUCCAUAACCUUCAUUAAUUAUUUAUAAUUGGCAACGAUACGGUAUAUAACUGUCGCAUAAUUAAGGUAGUUUUCUGAUUCAUAUUUAACGAAGAAAGGACCGUAGAGUGUAAAAAGGUGGAACGGAAUGAGAAAUUGGGUCAUUCUAAGACAAAAUUCGACGUUGCAGUCUGCUGGACUCUGCUGGAAACAUGAUAAAUUGACUCUCUCACUUUAUCAAAUCGCAAAGAUGAUGCUACAACGUUAUGAUCGUCGCUUUUACCACAGGUACACCCAUUUAUAUAUUGUUCUUGACAGUUUUCGUUUCGAAAUUACUGUAGAACUUAAAAAAAUAUUCCCCCCUGCCAGACGCGCGAUUUUGGUGAGGGAGGGGGAAGGGGUUGGAAAUUUGAUGGGGUAUAUAUGCCACUUCUAUGAGGAUUUUCUUUUUACUGUAAUAAAUCGGUCUACAAUCAUAAAAAAAACCUCAUUUCUUUAAGUUAAACUACAAAUUUUUGCAGAAGACUAUAGGUGGUGUCAUAAAUUGACUGUAUUUAACUCGUUCUCGUUGUUUAUCGGCAGAUUGUAAAGACGAAAGAGAUUGCAGUUGGAUUCCCAAUGAAUUAGAAAAGCGGCCAGGAGAAACUUUAGACGGAUACUGCUCGAAGCACAAGAACACGCCAGCAGUUAAACAAUGCCGCAAGACUUGUAAAUUCUGUAAGUAUUACUGUGAUAUCUUCUGGGGCACAUUUCGACUAAAUUUCGUUUAAUCAUAACCAAAGUAAUCAGGCGAAUCACAACAACAAAAAUUACAAGAGGCCCAUCAAGACUCAAAUCAGCAACAAACAAACCACCAAAAGCGCAGGAAAACGCUGGUGACAAAGUCGCGGUUGGUGUUCGAGCGCUUUUAGAUGGAGUGUUGUAAACCAAAACCAAAUUAAUCACAACGGCCAAUCGGAAGAAGGAAGAUAACCUUAACAGUCAUUGAAAAUUAUAAGUAAAAUAACAAGCAAACUGCUUAAAGCACGAGAAAACGGCUGAGAUAGUGGUACGAGUUUUCCGGACCAAUCACAGAGCAAAGUUAAGGUUUACUUUCGACAUUCCAUUAAUAUUGCUCUAUUGUUGCAUCACAUUGGUUAAGAAGGUGGCAAAAGUUUUCUGGACCAAUCACAGAGCGUAGUGAAGCAAAACCAAUAUUAUCGCGGAUUAUUUUCGACACUGAUUUGAAACAAUAAGGCUCUUUGGACAUGAUCCUAUGCCCUUGGAACAGAGCUUGGCGAGUAAUGAAAGGAAGGACUAACUCCCGGUGUAAAAAUUUCGCCAAAAGUGCAAAUUUUGCGAGAAGAGGUGGUUUUCUUAAGGAAGGCUUGGAUUAAUGUGUACAUUUUAAAUGCUAAUUACAUUCGUUUUUUCGCUCUCCACAGGUAAAGCACCAGCCUCCGUUGGUAAGAAUACUAGCAGCGUUAUUUUAUUAAUCUAGCAGCGUAUUUUAUUAAUCUAACCUCCAUUUUAGAUAUUUUGUGGGUGGAAAAGCAUUUUUCUCUGUCACCCUGCCGUUGUAUUCCCGCCUUCGGAAUACAAAAUUGCAGCCAGCACGAUAAGUUUUUCUUGGCCGGGGAGAGUAAUUAUCUGUCUCGUUACCAUCUAAAGCAAAACCAAUGCAAUCUAGGAUCACUUGUGACAUUCAAUUGAAAAUUGCUCUGAGACAAAAAUAAGAAGACAACUCAUACACAGUUAACAGGCUUAACAACUAGGAAACUGAACUAAAGAAUUGCAUCACCUAGGCUUAAUUUCACCUUUGUGGGCGGAUAGAGUAGAUAAUGUCAGUAAUAAGUUGACACUGCUAAAUUGGUUCUUCAUCGCCAGAGUGUAAAGACGAAAGAGAUUGCAGUUGGAUCCCCAAAGAAUUAGCAAAGCGGCCAGAAGAAACUUUAGACGAAUACUGCUCGAAGCACAAGAACACGCCGGCAAUUAAACAGUGCCGUAACACCUGUAAAUUCUGUAAGUAUAUUAAUGCGAUCACUUCAAUCACAAACAUCUGGGGCUUUUUCUUGCUGCACAAUAUCGUUGGGGAUUUUACCGCUUAUCAGGUCGCUUGGAUACAAAUACGUUUCGCUCUGAUAAAGACCUAACACUCAAAACGUCAGCUUUUUUAACUCUUUAUGGUGUCUAAUUCACAUUUUUAACACAGUUGAUAAAACCAAAUUCCCUUAGAUAUAAGUUCGACGAAAGGCCUUUCAAAAACCAGUGUAGACUGUCAAUAAAUAUUAUCCAGCAUUUUGAUAGACUGGAAAGGAUAGGGUGUUAUGGAAGAAAUGUGUCUUCAUUAUUUAACAUACCAGUCUGGCUGCUGCAGGCUUUGGUCGAUUGAGACGAAUAAAAAAGAAGGCGGGGAAUGGGGGGAAAGAGUGCUCUGGGAAAUCGAAGUAGGGAUGUUUUUGCUCUUCACUUGCCCUGCUCUUCAGCUUGUCCUUACAAACUGAGUGUUUGUUCAAGACUAGUUCCACAAGAAAAAGUAAUUUUCAAUGACUCUUAAUCUGUAGACCCAAGAAACCGUUUUCUGAAUUAAUGGCUGAGUAUCAAAAUCCAUGAUUGGACUCCACACAGAAACUUUAAAUCACAAGUAAACAAGCACAAGACAUUUGAUAACCUUUUAGACUGUUUUCAAAAAGGUGCCUUUGUAUUUGCUUUAGGUAGCGGGCGUGUGUUUCAAACAGGGGUAUGAACAAUUUCAUGCCGUCGAUUCUUGCAUGCAUGAUUUUCCUCAUAUGAACCGAAAAUUUUGAUUUUGUUCUCUCUGAAGCAAUGAAUACAAGAUUUAUUAUAAUCGUUACGCUGAAUUUUUCAUUUUGAUCGCCAUUUCCGUGGAAAAAACAUAGUUAGUGAGGUUGAUAGACAUAUUUAUACCCAAGCGGCCUAAUAAGCGGUAAAAUCCUCAACGAUACAGCAAUUGUGAUAAGCUUCAGCCGUGCUUGCCACAAACCUAGGAUAAAAGUUGUUCUUUUAUUUAGCAAUCGAGAGAAACGGAACCCACUCAAUGAAAUCGGUUUAUUUUAGGUAACUUACUCUGCUAUUCCCUGUGCCGAUUGACCAGUUUUCCAUUGUUGUAUAAUCAGAUAUAGGCUCUUCUUUAAAGCUUAUAGAUCAUCUUGUACUCGUGUAACAGGCUUAAAAUCAGCAAUUGAGUCACGCAAUACCGACAUGUUAAGAUGUGUCACGAAAUUCUGAGCAAUUACCCCCGUAGAAAUGUGAAAUUAACAGGUGUAAAUUUUCUCCUUUGGAUCACGAGGGUGAAAAUACUUAUCAAUACUUAAUUUUUCUUCUCCACAGGCAAGGAACCAUCACCUGCUGGUAAGAGUGAAAGGAACAUUGAAUUUAUCGAUUUUCACUGCACAAAGGUGUGAUUCAGGGCGGGCAAGGAUUUUUCCCUCCUAGCCGUCCUAUUUCCGCCCCACUUGCAGAAUUUUAAAUAGCAGCUAACGACAUCACAAAAGACUUGGAGUUAAAUAGAAAGCUCUUAACCUUGGACUAUGUUUCGUUUAAUUUGACUUCUGGUUUACCGGUCUUCCUUUCUUUUGGAGGAGUCAAUUCUCGGCGUUGCUUAAUGCCACAGCAAUUUUGAUAAGCUUCAGCCGUGUUUAACACCAGCCUGGUAUAAGAAGGUUCUUCUCAGUUUUCUUUAGCAAUGUGAGAGAAAUGGAACCUGCUUCAUUAAAUUGGUUUAUUUUAGCUAACUUACUCUGCCACUCUCUGUGUCGGUUAACUCAGCUUUCCAUUAUUGACGCUCUCUUCAUAUAUAAUCAGAUAAAGGCUCUUCAUUGGAGCGUAUAGAUCAUCUUGCACCUGUGUAACACACGUAAAAUCAGCAAUCGAGUUACGGAAAACCAACAUGUUAAGAUGUGUCACGAGAUUCUGAGCAAUUACUUUAGAAAUUUGGAAUUAGCAGGUAUGAAAAUUUUCUAUUGGAACGUGGGAGUGAAAAUACUUAUCAAUGCUUCUUUUUGCUCUCUACAGGCGAAGAGCCAUCCCCCGCUGGUAAGAAUCAAAGGAGUAUUGAAUUUGUUGAUUUUCACUGCAGAAAAGAUGUCAAUAAUUUUGGGCGGGCGUAGAUACUUCCCUCCUAUUCGUCCUAUUUCCAACCCACCAGCAGAAUUUUAAUUAGCAGCUAGAGAAAUCGUAAAAGACUUGGCGAUAAAUUGAAAAAUACGAACUAUGUUUGAUUCCGUUGAUCCUACUACCGAUCAAAAAAUUACAUAUUGAAGGUAUUCUCCUUCAAUCGAGGCAAUUUGGGGACUGUGAUAUGUGUCCCCUCAAUAGAGAUAUUACAAAGGUUCUCUACAGUUUUAAAAGUACAAACAAACAAGCACAAUAUGAUUUGAAGUGAGAUUUCUUGAUUAAAAUUUUUUUGUUUUUUUCUAGCCCGCAUUAAGAUAUUUUUCGGGUGGGAAAGCAUCUCUCUUCUGUCACCCUACCGUCGUAUUCCCGCCUUUCCUUCGGAAUACAAAAUUGCAGCCAGCACGAUAAGUUUUUAUUGGCUGGGAGAGCAAUUAUCUGUUUCUUUACCAUCUAAAGCCAAACCAAUGUAAUCUAGGAUCACUUUCGACAUUCGAUUGAAAAUUACUCUCGCACAAAAAUAAGGAGACAAUUCAUACACAGUUAACAGGCUCAAGAACCAGAGAACUGAACUAAAGAAUUGCAUCACCUAGGUUUAAUUUCACCUUUGUGAGCAGAUAGUGUAGAUAAUGUCAGUAGUAAGUUGACACUUCUGAAUUGGUUCUUCAUCGCCAGAGUGUAAAGACGAAAGAGAUUGCAGUUGGAUUCCCAACGAAUUAGCAAAGCGGCCAGGAGAAACUUUAGACGAAUACUGCUCGAAGCACAAAAACACGCCAGCAGUUAAACAGUGCCGUAACACCUGUAAAUUCUGUAAGUAUAUUAAUGCGAUCACUUCAAUCCCAAACAUCUGGAGCUUUUUCUUGCUGCAUAAUAUCGUUGAGGAUUUUACCGCCUAUCAGGCCGUUUGCCACAAACAUGGAAUAAAAGGUUGUCUUUUAUCUAGCAAUCCGAGAGAAACGGAACCCGUUUCAUGAAAUUGGUUUAUUUUAAAUUAACUGCGAUGGUUAACUCAGUUUUCUAUUAUUGACGCUCUCUUCCUAUAUAGACAAAUACAGGCUCUUCUUGGAGCGUACAGCCGUCAUCUAGUACUCGUGUAACAUACUUUUAAAAAAUCAGCAACUGAGUAACGGCAUAUCUACAUGUUGAGAUAUGUCGUGAAAGUUUGAGCAAUUACCCUCAUAGAAAAGUGGAACUAGGUAUGAAACUUUUCCUUUGGAUAAUGGGUGUGAAAAGACUUAUCAAUGAUUCUCUGUUCCUCUUUACAGGCAAAGCACCAUCACCCGCUGGUAAGAAUUAAAAGAGCAUUAAAUUUAUUGAUUUUCACUGCAAAAAAGGUUUAACUUAUGAUGGGCGAGGAUUUUGCCCUCCUAGCCGUUUUAUUUCCACCCCACUUGCAGAAUUUUUAAGAGCAGCUAAACGGCAGAUAGAGACAUCGCAAACGACUUGGCGAUAAAUAGACAAUUACUAACCUUGGACUAUGUUUGAUUUUGUUGAUCCUUCUAUCGAUCAAAAGAAUACUCGCAUAUACUGGAGGCAUUUUGCCCUCAAUAGAGAUAUUACAGUGGUCUUUAACAGUUAGUUAAGUAAAAACAAACAAAUACAAUAUGAUAUCAGUGAUAUCAUUGAAAUUAUAUUCUGAGUAGGCUUUUUGAUAAAGACUUUCUCACUUUUGUUUCCUAUAGUCUGCGAAGACGAGCGCACCGACUGUUAUGCUCUUGUAGUCAAGACGGGAGGCGGACAGGCGCUUGAAAAUUACUGCAAUCAGUGGAAGGCAGAGAAAGCAAUACAGCAAUGUCGUGGAACCUGCAACUUGUGUAAGUAUUCGGUUUGGGUUUAGGAUAGCCGCACCAGUUGUGUUCUUAGGGAGAACAUUUGUGAGAGCGCCUGCCUCCCAGCACUGUGGCCCUGGUUCGAUUCCCGGCGGUUCUCGACCUUGCUCCGAGGGUUUUUCUCCGGGUCUUCUGGUUUUCCUCCCUCAAUUAAAACCAACAUUUUAAAUUCCAAUUCCAACUGGAAACAGUGGACAAGAAGACCCCCUAGUAGACUGUCCACCGCUAAACCCCAUUUAUUUGUCUAUUUGUACAAACGGAAACGAAAGUUAAGGAGAUACACUAAGAUGUGUGCAGUUUCAUCCCUAACCUUUCUCGAUGGUUUUUGGUGCUUCUUCCGUUUUAGUUUUAAAUACCUGUCCGAACUAAUAUUUUGUGAUCAUCCUCAAGUUGAACGUAAUUUUCCGCGUGUUAUAAAACGACCCAAACCAUCGUGUUAUAGCCUCCUUAAAGAAUAGACACAACAAAACAAUUGUAUGCACUACAUUUUUGUUACAUUAGACGGCAGGUCUUUUAGACUGUUUCUGUACAUUCAAAAGGAUUCUACUAGUUUCGGGUCAGUUGAUGGUUUCUGAUACCUGUUAGGUUCCAAGCCCCCUUCUCCACCCAUCGAACCAGAGACCAUGGCACCUCAGACAGAGCAGCCUACACCGGAGACCGCUGAACCAUCAGGUAAAAAAGUCUCCAGAUAAAAUUAUGUUCAAUUCGCAAUUCCCCCUCGUAGUGUACCUCUGUAUUUAGUAAAUGAACUUUCGGAAAUCCGAAGGUCUGACGUUCGAUUUCUCAUGGGGACUCAGACUUUUUUCUUUGUCCCACGCUCGUGAUAAGACGGAAAACAUCUUUCUCUAUUUCUUUACUGAGCUCAAAACUUACCAUCUUUCUUAUUCUCUUUUACAAAAAAUGACGCUAUAAACAUCGCUGAUCCUAGCAGUUUGCAGGAAGCGUCUCAUAAAUGAACUUCGUAAUGGGCCUCACUCACCAUAGUCUAAGUGGCUCAGUGUUGAGCAUAGGAGCGCAGAAAUCCAAAGGUCUGAGGUUCGAUUCCUCAUGAGGACUCAGAAUUUUUUCUAUGUCCCACGCUCGUAACAAAACGAAAAACGUCUUUCUCCACCUUAGUCUUGUUUCAAGGACUGAUACUCCACAUGGGGUAUACUACAAUGCCCCUUUUUUGCUGGACAGAAUAUUCCAUGACUAAACAGUUUUUUCCAUAAUCUUAACGAUGACUUCCGGGAAAUUAUUCUAGAACUUCCUGUACUUAAUCUUAAAAAGCCAAGUGCGUCACCCAAGAAACGAUAAAGUACUUUAUGCCUUAAAAUAUCAACCACUAUGCCACAUCCUUCUAAUCCACUUUCAUUAAACGGCCAGGUUUUCAGAAAGAAUGCUUGGAAGUACACAACUGCUAUAGAGGUUUUCAUAACGCCCCUCCCCUUCGGUGGUCAGCGGAGCUAACGCGUGCGGCACAGGAAUGGGCUGACUACCUUGCAAGCCGUGAUGAAUUUGUUCACGAUCCAACUCUGGAGGCCAAGGGUCAGGGUGAGAACCUCUACUACAAGAGUCCUUCCAAGAGGCUGUGCAAUUACGGUGAGUUUGGACCAGAAUGCCUAAGCUGCAGUGAGAUCGUGACGCGGUGGUACGACGAGGAAAUUGAUUAUGAUUACGCAACAGGGGAGACAAAGACACCAUUCGCUCCAAUAUUGCAUUUCACUCAGAUCGUUUGGAAAGCGACCAGAGAGGUGGGAAUGGCAACUGCUGUGGGACACGGCAAGCUGAUUGCGGUAGCGCGUUAUUCUCCCGCUGGAAAUACCAAAGGAUCGUUCCAGGAAAACGUCCAUCCCCGUAAGUAGCACCUGGCUUGUGCAACUGGAGAGGCAAUUCCACAAUGAUCACCGAGCUUGACUCAGGAUCGACAGGCUGGUCUAUUCAUUGCACAAUGUUAUCGGGUCCAUAAGUGACUAGGAUCUAACUUCUCCUUACAUGAUUACCACUGAUUCAAACAUUAAGGUCAUAGGAAUAAAGACAAUAAUAAUCGCUAACUUCAGAAGCUCUUGAUUGAUAAACAAAUUCUCCGUGUCAGUACCAUAGGAAAUGUAUAGAGAACAUUAUGGAGAAUAUACAUACUGAUAUUAGACUCUAAGCAAGUCUAACCUCCUAGCAGUAUGAAUGGGUACAAACAGUCACGGAAAUUUGACGAGUUGUAAGGGAAGACGUGCGAUGCAUCCGAUCCGCAUCCCUUCCGUAGGGAAGGGGUGUGGAGAGGGUGGGGGGAGAAGCUGUUCAGGUUUUUCUUUCUUCAACAAAUAUCCUUGAACCGUAAUUAUCGCCCUCAAGGCUAAAAUUGUCCAGAAAAUAAUAUUAAUAUUUGCUGAUUUUACUUUCAUUUUCUUGCAGCCCCCGAGGAAAUAUUGGAAGCUCCACAAAGGAUUUGUUUACCAAAAAUAGUUACCUGAGCUCAACUUAAAACUGAGCAACAACUUGAACGUUCAGUUACAGUAUUGCCAAGAGAUCAUUAUGGUAUCUUAGCAUUGCCAUUUAUUUUAUAAUAUCGUUAUUUUAAGACCAUAAACUUUGUAGCUGUAGUAUGUUGAGUAACUUAGUGAUACUUAGUACCAAAGAGCUAGGAGACAAGCCUCUAUCCCCCCCUCUUCUUCCCUUACUUCCCUUGAGCAGAACCUCCACCAGGGGAGCCCUUUGUCCAAAAUAAAGUGUCCCCUAAAUAGAGAUGUUUUCUCAUUAAAGGUUGCAGAAGAACUUUUUCAGUUUGGCCCAAAGUUUUCGUUAUUUGAAUGGAGGUGUCUGUCAACUAAAGAUGUAUUAAAGAGAAGUUUUACAAAUGUAGCUCAGGUUUUUGGCAAUAAAUUUGAUUUCAC